CCCGAAUAGGCUCCAGUCGAGGCAGCUACCCAGAUAUAUCUCGAACUUUGUUCCCGGUGCUAGUCACCAUGCUGCAUCCCAAAUGUCGUCCAUCAGAUUAGCUACCGCAGCUAAUGUGCAAGCGUUCCAAAACCUCGUCAAUGUCAUCUCCACAAGCGACACAGACUACACACUAGACUACGAUGCCAUUCAGGACGAGAUCGGGAGGUUUAGGGUUUGGUGUGGAAACAUUGGUGCUCUUCAGAAAGGUCAUUCUAGUUUAGAUUAUCGACUUCGCGAUUCACCACUCAUUUCUAGCAACGUUCUGAAGCUGUUGCAAGAGCUGGACGAUAACAUCACCGCUGCUUCCCAGAUCAUCUCUGGCACAAGGUUACCUUAUGAAAAACAGCAGCAGCGGCCUGACGAUUCAGAUGAGGAUGAGGACGAUGACUUCUUCAGUGAAGACGAAGACGACGAUGAGCCGGAUGCACCCAAAACUGAGCUGGAAAUGCGAUUCGAAGAGGUUGUGGAUGUGAUAGACAAUCUAUACAAGUUGUCUGUUCGCAUUCGUCAGCCUACCAUACGAUCUAGAGCCCUCAAAGCCUCAUCCUAUCGUCCCAAAGACCCCGAAACUAAUGUUGACAUCCUAGAGCAGUACGCUGUUGCAGAUCUUCAUCAUAUUCAAGAGCUCGUAAGACAUCUUCGCACGCCAUAUGUCAAAGCUGGCGAUGUUGAAGAUGACGGCGUCUUAAUUGGAAGAUUUGCUCAAGCUGUCACACUUCGCCGACGCCAAUUCAAAUACUGGAAACGACACAGAGAAAAGUUGGGUGCAGCGACUGUUCAUGAAGAACCAUCAGUUCCAUUGAAAACUGAACACCCUGAUGCCCUUCACCGCCACAACACGAUUGAGGUACAUGCUGGUGAUAACGAGCAAGAUGUGGGGAAAGAUGCACUAAGCCAGAAGACCGGCAAGACACUUCUUUCAGGAACUGAAGCAACUCAUUAUCAUCAAACUUUAGAUGAUAUUGUAGACUCCAAGUCGGUGACAAGCUAUGCUACUACCGUCCGUGACGCAACCGGGCGUUCGAUCCAGUUGCCGCCGCCACCCAAGGCUGCGGAUGGCGAGAAGGAUUUUGAGUGUCCGAUAUGUUAUAUAAUCUGUCCCAGUCGAUAUGCAAACUCCCGAUCUUGGAAAACCCACGUAUUACAAGAUCUGCAACCCUAUGUCUGUACAUACGCAGAAUGCGACACUCCGAAUCAACUUUUUCAAAGUCGCCGUCAGUGGGCCGAGCACGAGGCCACUCAUCGGAGAGUCUGGCGCUGUCCUGAACAUCCUGACGCUAUUUUCAAAACUUCGCUGGGUUUGGACGAUCAUCUUAGACAAGACCACAGCGAUAGCAUACCCGAAGGUCAACUGGAAAGCAUUAUCAAAGUCAGCGAGACUUCGACAGUCGAUCUGCGGUCAUGUCCCAUCUGUUACGCCACAGCAGAGAGCAAUGAAAUUGCGAAUCACAUAGCCAAUCACCUUGAGAGAAUGGCUACUUUUGCGCUUCCAACUAGUUCACAUGAUGACUCGGAUGGGGCAAGUUCACAAGCGUCACGAGGAGGAUCCGACAGCAGAGAUUCUCGGGAUUGGAGCUCAGGAACAUCCUCUAGUGAUUCGCAUGAAGAUUCUAGGGAACAUAUUGAAGUUCCAAGCUUAGCAUCUCAAUCAGAUGUAGCAUAUCAGAUGUCGCCUGCAAACAACGGCUUGUCAGACGAACUACUACGCGAGAUUCCGAACUCUACCGAAGAACGACUGGGUAUACUUUUCACACAAAAUCCCGAAGAAGCUGAUGAGGUGUAUCCUGCGUCUCAAGAAACAAUGACGGGAAAGGAAACACAAGGUUCAAAAGCCACACUUCCCAUCCUCAUGAUUUCGGAACUACCUACCCUUCACUCACUAUAUCGCAUUGGGAAGCUGUCAGUUGCAAACGCAAAAUUUCCUCCGAAUCAUCUAUACAACCAAUUAGUGUCGCUUUAUGUUUGCGACAUUACCAAGCUACAAGUUGAUGCCAUUGUCAACAGCGCAAAUCGCGCUUUGAGCGUAACAAAAUUCGAGCUAACCCUCAACACUCGCGUACAUGAAGCUGCCGGCCCUGAGUUCACGAAGGAAUGCGAGAAUCGGAAACUUUUGAAGACCGGCGAAGCGACUUUGACCAGUGGCUACGAUCUCCCUUGCACUUAUGUUGUUCACGCAGCAAGACCUACCAAUGAUAGCGGAGAUGAAGUUAAUCUGAAAUUGCUUGCUGAUUGCUAUUAUAAUUCUUUGAAGCUCGCGAUGAGCCAUGGCAUUCGAACCAUCGCCUUUCCUUCACUGGGGACUGGCGGCUGCGGGUUCUCAUCACUUACAGCAGCUCAUACCGCUCUUGGAGAAGUUCGCAAGUUUUUGGACCAGAAUCCUGCGCAUCCAUUUACAUCCAUCGCUUUCUGCCCUUUCACCAAUACUGAUGCGAUGUCUUACUUGCAAUAUAUCCCGCAAUACUUCCCUCCGGACCCCAGCGAGACCGCAGAUAUCGAUCCUGAUGAUGCGUAUGCGAACAAAGAUAUGCUAGGCAAACCAAUUCUGGAUGCCUAUAAUCAAAUCGAGGCCGUUGAUCGCGAAAUGCGGUCUUUCAGAAGACAUGUUAUGGCAUUCCCGGGAGACAUUCUUCUAUAUCUUACGAGCAUCGGUCGUGCAUUGAGCAUGCUUCGGACCAAACUGAUGGAACCAGUGGCGGACUGGCUGCUACCGUUAGGAACACACCAAGCUUCUGAGCAGGCGAAUUGGGUGCCGAAGCAAAGGAUCACAGAAAUUACCUUGAUUUGUGCCGUUAUACAAGCUUUCUCCGAUGGUGUGAUGGAGAUCGUUGAAUUAGCCAAGGGGAAAGCUGAUUCAGGUCAGAUCACACACCAGGCCUUGUGGGAUGACUACAAUCAAUACAUGAGAGAGAGUCAAAACAUUGAUGUUGUGGGACUUCUUGAACUGUGUCACGAUUUUACGCACGGUUUGAAAGAUAUAAUGGCCGGGGAUGUCAACAUACCGCACGAGAUGGGUACGAUAUCGAUACGUCUCGAAGGCUGGCUUGCCAAAUCAACUGGGAGAGAGCAGCAUGGUGUACGACAACAAUUUGACGAAAUAAUGUACACACGGGAAUUUCAGCGAGACACGGCAGCUCCCCUUGCCACCAAGGUGGUAAAAGUUCAACAGAUACCAACACUAUCCCGUUUGUAUUUUACUGGCGAACUAGAAGAGAAGUCGACAUUUGCUACUCCGUCUUCUCGAAUUAACGAUACAGUUUGUCUCAUUCAUCGAGACAUCACAGAGAUUGCGGUUGACAUAAUAGUGAACUCUACGGACCCGGCCUUUUCAGGCAUGGGCCGACUCGAUCAUACCAUAAUUGCCAAAGCCGGCCCUGCAAUCCAGGAGGAGCUGUUAAGCUUUGGUCAUUGCAACGAAGGUGAUGUAAGAUCUACGGGAGCAUAUCAAUUGCCAGCGAAAUAUGUACUGCACACCAUUCCACCGGAAACGUACCGCACUACCAGUAAAGAGGUGCUGCGCAAAAUCUAUCGACAAAUACUCCGCCAGGCUGCUUCUUUAAAGACAGCAUCAAUCGCAAUACCAGCUCUCGGCACUGGAAUGUUGAACUAUCCAAGACGAGAUUGUGCCUCAAUAGCCAUGGAAGAAAUCAAGCACUUCCUAGAAAUUUCGCAUCCCAACAGUACCCUAGAAAAGAUUGUUUUCUGCGUUUAUAGCUCCAAUGAUGAGUUCAUAUACAAAUCACUACUCCCUGUAUAUUUCCCUCCUGUCGAGCUCAACCCGACCAAAGCACAAGAUACAAGUAUCGAGUCUUCAUACCAGUUUUCGAAAAUCCCAGGCCAUAGCGAAACACCAAAACAACAAUCACGGACACCUUCCGAGUCGACUGAUGGAGCGGUCCGAAGUGUCAGAUUUGACAAACUGCCAGCGAACAAUAGCCAAAGGCCACUCAACGAAAUUGAAGAGGAAGCACUCAAGAACUUUGAGAAGCAUGCCGAGACUUGUCUGGUGUGCAUUGAAGUGAUGAAAGUAUACAUAGAAGGUGGAAACCUCUGUGGGGUUGGAUAUUCACUAGCACAAGUUGUGCUUCACCAACUGAACAUGGAUUCCAACCAGACAGUUUUCUCAACUCAACGGGAUGCCGCCCGCAGAGUCUUGGUGGAGGUACCGAGAAAAUUCUCUUUGGGUUUGGAAAUGCUCACGGCUGUUGAGCGCAGUUUCCGGAAUCGCGAACGAAGUAUGCCUUUUGUAAGCACUAUUCGGCCAUGGCCUGGGCUGGCCGAAUACCAGAAGGAUCCAAAAGCACCUCUUCCUGGGGUGACUAUCCAUCAGGCUUCACUUGAGAUCCCAGGGGAACCAAAAAAGGCCCACGCGUACGUAUGUACGUGGUCUGACGUAGGUAACACCUGGGAAGUACUUCAUCGCCAUGCUUGUUUGAUACACGUAUCUCCAGGGAAGCUACAGAUCCACGAACCAGUAAUCAAAUCAACUUCACAAGUCCCUCUCCUUUCUCUGGAACUCACACCCGAAGUUCCGGUUCGGAAGUCUAGUAGUACAGAGUUCACGAUCGAGAAGGCCCGCUUCCUCCAAGAAUCAGUGGUGAAGACCAGCUCCAGUAUAUUGUUGAGAUGUACUAGCGCAACUGAGUGUGAUAUGCUCUACUCAACUGUGAAGCGUUCUGCCAAAAUCAAUACGACGUACAAUGAACACCGUAGUGGGGCUCAAGCUACAAACGCACUGGUAGGCACGGAUGAUGAUGAUGAUGAUGAUGAUGAUGAUGAUGAUGAUGAUGAUGAUGUGGAAAAUGAUGACGAUAUCCCAGUCAAUGCUGGCAAGAGUGAAAAUAUGAGCAGGCCUUUAACUGUGCCAAACUAUAUGUGGGUCUGCGGAACCUGCCAUCAAUGGACAGAGCUUGCACACGAGCGGUGCCCUGUCUGCGGGCAUACCCGUGAUUUUUCGGACUUCGGGCCCGGUCAAGUAUAUCCUGAGUCUACUCGCGAAAGUCUCUCCGUUCUGUCGUCGAUAAUUUUGAAUCAACUCCGGGAACUGGAUAAAGGAGGCAACGGCGUGCAUCAGACAGACCUAGCAGCCAAAUCCAGUGUAACUGAUGCUGGACUGACUCAGGCAAUACAGGAACUCUAUGAGAACGGGCUCAUACAUUCAGUAUCAGGAAGAAUAGGAACUUGGACUGCUUCCCCAACGCCAACACCCAAACCUGAGGAGCGAAGUCUGGGUAAUAUCGUGCCCGAAGACUCAUGGCUUUGUAGCAUCUGCAAUUUGGGUAACCUUAUUCCUACCACCGAGAACAAGUGUCCUGUAUGUGACCAUAUUCGGGAUGGAUUGGACAUCGGACCCGGGAAGACAUAUCCUCCAACAGCCGUACGCAGUCUUUCAGACCUAUCAUACAAAAUCCUUUCGCUGCUACGGUCCAUUCCUGAACGAGCAGUGGGAAUGCACGAAGACUCUCUAGCUGAGAGAUUCGGCGUGAAGACGGAAGACGUCAAUAAUGUUUUAGCAAGACAUCAAACCUUGAAACUCGUCAAACCAGUUGACGGUGCCCAAGGGGUAUGGGCGGCAACUGAACAGAAUCAGAAAUAUCCCGGUCUCGCAAGCCAUUUCCGCUCGUACCGUGGCGUCCAGCAAAAACCCGAUGGUGAAGACAGCGCCAGCGAUGCGAAUAGGGAAAAUCCCUCUGACAAGACACCGUCUAAUCUAUCAUCUCAAAUUCUGCCUGAUUCGGCCGACGUCGACGACCUCUUCACAAAACUAUUCUCGACUGAUCGUACCAAAGCACAGGAUACGGCUCAUUCCAGAUCCGACACGCCCGACUCAGUUGAAAAUACCACUUCGUUCCCUGCUGUCAUCAAUCUUACGGAUAUCAACACGGAUGACUACUUUACGUAUCUCGAAGUACCUAACUCAUCCACUCCGUGGACUGUGAUUGACGGAAGAUUAGUCAGUCGACGGGCUGUCGCAGAGAUGACACACGAAUAUAAAGGAAGGGGAAACAACAGUAUUGUUGUGAAGCACAGAUUGGAUAGUGAAGACGUAAGGUCGCUUGCAGAGAGAACGGUGGAGAUUCGAACGGGCAGAGGUUAA